UAGGAGAGACGGGGUUUCACCGUGUUAGCCAGGAUGGUCUCGAUCUCCUGAUCUCGUGAUCCGCCCACCUCGGCCUCCCAAAGUGCUAGGAUUACAGACGUGAGCCACCGCGCCCGGCCUACACUUUCAUUUUAAGGUUCAAUGAUCUUAAGAAACACCCUGCGACCUUCGAAAAGUCUUUCUACCCUCAAUGCCGAGCACAGAACCUGGGCAGUGUUUCCACUGUGCUUCCAGUUCCGAGCAUUUCGGAUGAAUGAAUGAUGAACAAACGACAGAACGCAGGGCGAGCAGCUCAGCAAAGGUCAUGCAGGAGAUAGAGAAGCGCUGUGUCAUGAGUAUUGGAUCAUUAUGGAUUUUUUUCUUUCUCAUUGUGCAGAUCUAUUCGCACAACUCUAUCUUCAACCAGUUUGCCAGGCCCACCGGAGGUGCCCAGUAAAAUUUUGUCAAACAAAUACUGAUGAUGAAGUAUCCUGGGACUUGGCCCUGUCAGGGCAUAAUUGGAAUAUCAUUUGGAGAAAGUGUCAUGGAAGUUCUGCGUCCACAGCUUAUAAGAAUUGAUGGCCGGAAUUACAGGAAGAAUCCAGUCCAAGAACAGACCUAUCAACAUGAAGAAGAUGAAGAGGACUUCUAUCAAGGCUCCAUGGAGUGUGCUGAUGAGCCCUGUGAUGCCUACGAGGUGGAGCAGACCCCACAAGGAUUCCGAUCUACUUUGAGGGCCCCCAGCUUGCUCUAUAAGCAUAUAGUUGGAAAGAGAGGGGACACUAGGAAGAAAAUAGAAAUGGAGACCAAAACUUCUAUUAGCAUUCCUAAACCUGGACAAGAUGGGGAAAUUGUAAUCACUGGCCAGCAUCGAAAUGGUGUAAUUUCAGCCCGAACACGGAUUGAUGUUCUUUUGGACACUUUUAGAAGAAAGCAGCCCUUCACUCACUUCCUUGCCUUUUUCCUCAAUGAAGUUGAGGUUCAGGAAGGAUUCCUGAGAUUCCAGGAGGAAGUACUGGUGAAGUGCUCCAUGGAUCAUGGGGUUGACAGCAGCAUUUUCCAGAAUCCUAAAAAGCUUCAUCUAACUAUUGGGAUGUUGGUGCUUUUGAGUGAGGAAGAGAUCCAGCAGACAUGUGAGAUGCUACAGCAGUGUAAAGAGGAAUUCAUUAAUGAUAUUUCUGGGGGUAAACCCCUAGAAGUGGAGAUGGCAGGGAUAGAAUACAUGAAUGAUGAUCCUGGCAUGGUGGAUGUUCUUUACGCCAAAGUCCAUAUGAAAGAUGGCUCCAACAGGCUACAAGAAUUAGUUGAUCGAGUGCUGGAACGUUUUCAGGCAUCUGGACUAAUAGUGAAAGAGUGGAAUAGUGUGAAACUGCAUGCUACGGUUAUGAAUACACUAUUCAGGAAAGACCCCAAUGCUGAAGGCAGGUACAAUCUCUACACAGCGGAUGGCAAAUAUAUCUUCAAGGAAAGAGAAUCAUUUGAUGGCCGAAAUAUUUUAAAGUUGUUUGAGAACUUCUACUUUGGCUCCCUAAAGCUGAACUCAAUUCACAUCUCUCAGAGGUUCACCGUAGACAGCUUUGGAAACUACGCUUCCUGUGGACAAAUUGACUUCUCCUGAGGUGGAUCUUGGAAAGCACUAGAAACUAAACAUCUUCACCAGGUGCUGAAGAAAAGUGUCUUCGUUUUAAUUGCCAAGCAGGGAUGUGGACAUUUGGAUGGUGACUUUCCUGGGUGGUUCCCCAUAGAUUCCCCAUUGCCUCUAAUGGUGUCUACAGCCAUCAUACUACCAGCUGAGAUGGUGGUGGGCAUAAGGAGAAUUUGUGCCUAUAACCCUUAGUGUGUUCUGGUUUUUUUUCUUUUAAUUUUUAAAUUGUCGUAAAAUACUCAUAAAACAUACUGUCUUCACCAUUUUUAAGUGCACAGUUCAGUAAUGUUAACUGUUAAUACAUUCAUAAUGCUGUGUGGCCGUCACCGCCGUCCAUCUCCAUAGGCUUCUCAGCUUGUAAAAUGGAAACUGUACCCAUUAAACAGUAAUUCCCACUCCUCCCAGCCCCCGCAGCCACCAUUCUGCUUUCUGUCUCUCUGGUUUUGACUAUUCUCAGUAUCUCAUGUAAGUAGAAUCAUACAGUGACUUGUCUUUUUGUGACUGGCUUAUUUCACUUAGCAUAAUGUCCUCAAGGUUCAUCCAUGUUGUGUCAGGUGACAGGAUUUCCUUCCUGUAUUAUACAUAUAAUGGAAUGUUCCGUUACAUGUGCGUACCACACUCUGUUCCUCCAUCAGUGAACACUUGGCUUGCUUCCUCUUGACUAUUGGGAGUAGUGCUAAUACAGACACGGGUGUGCAAAUAUCUCUUUGAGACUCUGCCUUUAAUUCCUUUACCACCCAGAGUUUUAUCUUUAGCAAAAUAACCAUUAAAGUUUUUUGCCUUUUA